AUGCAACCUCAACAACAUCUAAACAUAGCUGACCUGCACUCAUUUGAUUUUAAUGACCACCUGAAUAUUGAGAAUAUCAGUAAUGACUGGUUAGAAUUCGUAUCUCCAACAUCCACAGCUGAUUCUCACAACUCCGAAACCAUCAGAAACGAGGACCCAAAGCUUCAAAUUUUGGAAUCCAAGGAUGUUCAAAAUGAAUUUAGAUUAGCAUGUCACUAUUGUCGAGUCAUGACUAGGUUCUAUAGCGUCAAAGACCCAGAAUGGAACUUUUACUCAAUGGUUAAUCAAGAAUUUGCGUACAGAUAUGAGCCUCUCAAAUUCAGUAUUCUUGCAUGGUCAUCUCUACAUUUGUCAAUUCAGGAAAAAUCUUCAACAAAAACAGCGCACAAAUAUUAUCAGCAAGCAUUAAAGUCAAUAAUGAACCAAAAUUUCCUGAAAAGUGAGAUUCCAUUAGAAAUUUUACUGGUUGGUUCUUUCUUUCUUUGUUUAUUUGAUAUAAUGGCCGGAAAUCUUCAUACAACAAACAUUUUAAGGCAUGUCUACGGUUCUUUGAAAAUUGGAUCGCUGUUUGAAAUGACCGUACAACAAACAUCUCUAAAAGAAUCAACUGGUUCUCUCAGCCCAUUCUCAUAUCAAAUUGUUACAUGGUUGAUCUAUCUAGAUAUCAGGUCUUCCCUAUUUGUUGGUAAUAUUCAGUUUCCCAACUACAUCACGUUUGAAGCAAAGAAGAAACAAAAUAAGCCGAAAAAUGGUGAUAUACAAUAUUUGUUGAGCUCUGAUGUUUAUGAGGAAAAAGUUGUUUCCAACAUUUUUGAUAAUUCAAGGAGUGUGCUAAGAAGUUCAUUUGGUGGGAGCUAUCCAAAUGAGGUUGAACAGUCUGAUAUUUUGCAAGAUCGUAUAUUGGUCUUAAUGAUGAAAAACAUGCUAAUGUUUGGAACUUUGAUUAGGCUCAAAAACUGGCUAGAUCAGUGUGGAAACUCAGUUGAAUUCAAUCCUCAAACCCUGAAAGCUAAAAUAAAUGACUUAUAUGAAGAAAAUAUCAAACUUUUAGAGAUUAAUGCAACGGAUAGAGUCUCACAGUUCCACAUUUCUAUUGAGAUGGCAUUGAUUCAUGCAAUACGUAUAUACUUUGAUAGAAUAUGCACACCAGAUAUAAGGACCAAUUUGGCUUGUCAAGAAACAGCUGAACAAAUCUUCAAGAUUGCAGUCUCUUUGAAAGCUUUGAGACCACAGGGAACUCCAGGAUCAAUUCAGUGGCCAUUUCCUUUGGUUAUAGCUGGUAUUGAAACAACAAACCCAAUAUACCAAAGUUGGAUACUCAGGGAAUUAGAAGAUUGUGAAAAGGAAGGAUGGGGGCUUUACGUUACAAAAAGCAAGAAUUUAUGUAUAGAAGUCAUGAAAAGACAAAAUGCUACAAAUCAAAGAGUGGAUGUUGGUGAAGCUAUGAAAGAGUUAUUUGAUGGUUAUUUUAUUGUCUAG